AAAAUAUAAACUAAAUCUAUUUGUUAGAAUGCAUAUAGUGAUUAAUGAAGUAAUUUUAAUGUAAAAGAACAAAAAUAUUAUAAAAUCAAUUAUGCUACUUUCCAAUCCAUGCUAGGAUAGAUAGAGUAUAUACAUGUAUAUGUAUACUUAGGCAUAAAUAUCACAACUGUAUAGUAAUGGCACACAAUAUCGCGAGAAAGCAAGCAUUGACCUAUUUAUUAGGUGUAUGUGUACCAUCUUCUAAACAAAAUGCUGCUAAAAUACGAGUAAAACGAGCAGAUUUCGAUUCAUAUCUUUCAAUGUACUUUACCAAACUCGAAUUUGUUUAUGCUACCGAUCCCCAGAAACUUUGCAAAAUAGGUGAUACAGUUUUAAUACAAAAUUUACCACAAAAAUUAACCCGUCUUAUCACUCACAAAGGAACAUAUUGAAGAAGAUGCUAAACUUUUUGGAGAUUUGAAAUCUAUGUAUAAAUAUGAUGAAGCACCAGAGAGAGGAAUCACGGCAGGCAUACGAGAUUUUACAGACAAGAAAACUUAUAUAAAAUAUAGUGACGAUCCAAAAGAUUAUGAUCCAUAUGCUGUGAACCCAUGAUAACUCAUAAUUCAUAUAUAUGUUUAGUGAUUAAUAAAGGUUGAUAAAGAUUUAUAAUAUAUAUAAAAUUAUAAUAACAAAAAAACGUUUUUUUCAUUUAAUAUUAUCUUUUAAGAAAAGUUUUUUAAUAAAAAUGAAUCAUUUUAUAUAUUCAUUAUUUACAUAAUUAAUAUACAAUCAGAG